AUGGACCGGAAUUUUAUUUGCAGGGAUUUGAGUGAGAAUCUAUUAACUGUGUUGACUGAUGCGCAACUACAAGGGCCGAAAUCAGUGCACAACUUACAACUUGACCGAAAUUUUUUAACAUGCUUAGAUAGCCACGUGAUAUCAACAUGGACAGAAAUGGAAAUUUUGACACUGAAUAGGAACAAUUUGAGUACAGUGGGGCAGCUUGGACCAAUGCCCAAUCUCCGCGUCCUAAGGUUGGCGGAAAAUCCAUGGCUUUGUGAUUGUCGUUUACGAUGGAUGAAAAAAAUUAUUUCCAAUUCACAUUUAUUGGCUCGAAAUACACGAUGCCAUCGGCCAGCGCAUUUGCAUUCUCGUAUGCUGGAAAAUAUCGAUGAAACGUUAAUGAAAUGUUCUGGGAUUGAAAAACGUGUAGCGAGUUCUUGUCGUGAUGCUUCAGUGUGUUCGUCGGUUUGCACAUGCACCGAAACGACGAUUGAUUGUCGGGAUCGCGGUCUAACACAUAUCCCAGCUAAUCUAUCUCCAACAAUUACUGAGCUAAGGCUUGAGCAAAAUCAAAUAACCUAUGUACCUCCUCGAGCAUUCCAAAACCUUCAUCAGCUCAAACGACUUGACCUGAGUAAAAACAAUAUUGGAAACAUUGGUCCACGAGCAUUUGAAGGUUUGAAAUCGUUAAACUCGCUCGUGUUGUAUGGAAAUAACAUAAGUAAUUUACCAUCGGAAGCGUUUCAUGGACUUGUUAAUCUUCAGUUAUUGCUUCUGAAUGCUAACAAAUUGCAAUGUCUUCGAAGAGAUACUUUUUUAAGCCUGACAAACCUAAAUUUGCUCUCUUUAUAUGAUAAUCAAAUUCAUUCGAUUGCUAAUGGAACUUUCGAUGGAUUGACUAAUUUAACGACACUUCAUUUAGCCCGCAAUCCAAUUAUUUGUGAUUGCAAUCUUGAAUGGCUUGCUCAUUUACUAACCAAAAAAGCUGUUGAAACCAGUAGCGCACGUUGUGAUUCACCAAAACGAGUAGCCCAUCGACGUAUAUCCACGUUACAUCAUUCGAAGUUUCGAUGUAAAGGAUCAGAAGCGUAUGUAACAGCUAACGCUGGUCGCUGCGUCAUCGACUAUCCAUGUCCGGUUGGCUGUUCAUGUUUGAAUACGGUCGUUGAUUGCAGUAAUCGAGGAUGGACUGAUUUUCCACACAAACUACCUCGAUAUAUCACCGAAUUACGUAUGUCCAGCAAUAAGAUAGCUACCAUUCGUCUUGCAACUAAUCUUCAUUUCGAAAAUUUAACCGUAUUGUUGUUGGAUGGUAACGAAAUUGAAUUCAUUGAGAGCAAUUCGUUAUCUGCAUUGGGUAAACUACAAGAGCUUGACUUGAGUCGCAACAAAUUGCGGCAUUUUUCGACUGCAGCAUUUGGAAAUGGAAAUUUACAAAUUACUAAACUAAAUUUAAGUCACAAUCAGAUCAAAUGCUUCUCAGAUUCGCUCGCACAGCUAGCAACAUUAAAAUCCAUAUGGUUAGAUGGGAAUGAUUUCAUUUGUAAUUGUCAUACCGUUGAUUUUGUUCAAUCCCUACGAAUGAAUGAGUCCCGAUUGUUGAAUUCUGCUAUAUGUCAUGAACCGAUACAACUCCGGGGCCGUACAAUGGCUUCUCUCAAAAAAGGCGAACUGUCCUGUACUGAAACUACGGAAAAUGUUUGUGCGGAAGAUGGAAAUUAUUGCCCAACUGGUUGCGUGUGUCAUGAAACAAUUGUGCGCUGUUCGAACAAGAACCUUAGGAGAUUUCCGAUUGGUAUACCUGCUGAAACUACUGAGUUAUUCUUGGACUCAAACGAUAUUGUAUUUAUUCCUCCUGAAUUAAAUAAACUAAAGCAUCUUGUCAAAUUAGAUUUAAGUCAUAACCGGAUUGUUGCAAUUGACAACGAAGCAUUUGCGAAUUUGACCAAAUUGUCAACGUUGAUACUUAGUUAUAACAAACUUCAAUGCCUGGAGGAAGAGGCGUUUAUACAUUUAACAAGUUUACGUAUUCUCUCAUUGCAUGGAAAUGAUAUUUCAGUCUUGCCAGAGUCAGCUUUUGCCAAUCUCCAUAACAUUACACACAUAGCUCUUGGAAGUAAUUCAUUGUAUUGCGAUUGUCGUAUCGCAUGGUUCAGUCGAUGGAUAAAAAGUCGCUUCAUUGAAGCUGGGAUUGCUCGAUGUGAAUUUCCUUUAAAUCUUCGAAAUCAGUUGCUUCUAUCAGCCAAUGAAUUGCAGUUCAAAUGCGUUGAAAAAGUACCGAAAAAUGUGUUAGUUAAAUGCGAUGCUUGCGUUGAUGAUCCAUGUAAAAAUGGCGGCAUAUGUCAAAGGAUGAGAGGAAGGACAUUUUCGUGCAAAUGUGCAGCCAGAUAUCAUGGAAAAUACUGUGAAAAUGAAAUCGAUGCGUGUUACGGUGAGCCAUGUCUAAACAACGCCACCUGCAAGAUACUUCAAAACGGACGUUUCAAAUGUCAUUGUGUAAAAGGUUUCGAAGGUGAUCGGUGCGAGACAAAUAUUGAUGACUGUGUAAAUAAUAAAUGUCAGAAUGGAGCAACUUGUAUUGAUUUGAUAAACUCCUAUGAAUGUAAGUGCCCAUCAACGCAUAUAGGACGUUUUUGUGAGGAGAAAGUAGAAUUUUGUUCGAAUAAAAUGAAUCCUUGCGCAAACAGAGGAGUGUGCGUACGACAGUCUUUUUCUUAUAGAUGUAAUUGCCUGCCAGGUUUUACUGGCACCAACUGUACGAUGAAUAUCGAUGAUUGUAAGAAUAAUUUAUGCAAAAAUAAUGCAGCUUGUGUGGAUGGUAUACAGUCGUACAAAUGUGAGUGUAUUGACGGAUAUACAGGAAAGUUUUGCGAACUGUCACCAGUAUCGAGUGAUUAUUAUCCAAAUACGUCACCAUGUCAUGCUCAUUCUUGUGAACAUGGUGUAUGUCAUGCAUUAGGAAACGAUGUAUUUUGUAAAUGCUCUGAAGGGUAUACCGGUAAGCGAUGUGAACAACUGAGAGCUGCGGGAUAUGUUGAAGAUGAUUCAUUCAUCGCAUUGGAACCCUUUAUUGCUUCACCGGAUGGAAACCUAACGUUCACAUUGAUCACCACUGCUAGCACCGGAGUCAUUGUAUAUUAUGGUGAUGAUGCACAUUUAUCGGUGGAAUUAUACGACGGUCGUUUGAAAAUUUCAUUCUGUGUGGGCAAUUUCCCUGCUUCUCAUAUGUAUAGCUACGUUACUGUGCAUGAUGGACGUCCACAUCGAAUAGAAAUUUAUAUCAAAGGAAUAACGCUAAUGUUGAAAAUUGAUAAUCACGAACCACAAACUGUCUCCAACAGUGGUCCAAAAGAAAUAUUUGUAUUAGAAAGCAAGAACUUCUUGUAUAUUGGCGGUAUUCCAACAGCUGUUGCCGUUGAAGCAACCACUGCGUUUCACUUAAAGCAACCACAUAGCUUUAAAGGAUGCAUCUCCGAUUUUCAUGUCAAUGAUGUGAUAGUUGAUUUUGAUAAAGCGGAGCAGAAGGAGAGGAUUUUAAACGGAUGUGCUAAAAGUGUGGAUUUAUGUAGUGGUGUACAGUGUUACAGCGGUACAUGCACAAUAAAUUCCUCAUUAUCCAGCGGUUACACAUGUCAUUGCCCUCCUGGUUAUAGUGGCACACAUUGUCAACGACGUGAAAUUUUUUGUGCCAAAGAGAAAUUUCGCCAUCAUUACCUGGAUGGUAGCUGCCGUUCGGCAGAACAAAUUAAAAAUGGUCGAUGUUAUGGAUGGUGUGGUAGUGACAGUAAACAGUGUUGUACAGUUGUGAAAAGUAAAAGGCGCAGGUUGAAAAUGCAUUGCAGGGACGGUAGUACUACUUCACAGAUUGUUCGCAUUGUACGAAAAUGUCAGUGUACUGCAGAAGCGGCGUGUCGCGCCACGUAG